CGGGUUCGGCUGCGCGGCGGGGCUGAGGCGGCCGCGGCGGCCGGAGCGCAGGGAGCGGACAUCGGGUUCCCGAGCCUCGGCGCUGAGGACAGCUGAGCCUCGUGCACAGCCCUCUGGACGACAGGGGCCCGGAGCUGAUGGCAGACAAUGUCAGCCACUAACAACAUAGCCCAGGCCCGGAAGCUGGUGGAACAGCUCCGCAUCGAAGCCGGGAUCGAGCGCAUCAAGGUGUCCAAAGCCUCAUCGGAACUCAUGAGCUACUGCGAGCAGCACGCCCGGAAUGACCCCCUGCUGGUCGGAGUCCCCGCGUCCGAGAACCCCUUUAAGGACAAGAAGCCCUGUAUUAUUCUGUAGCGUUGUCCCUCCGUGUGUCCCUGCCUGUGUCUCUCGCUCCGCUAGGGCGUCUGCACUACGCACUCCGGCAACGCCUCUCGUGUCCCCAAACCUCCGGUUCCGGAAGGAACGCGAGCCGCUGCCUCCACGGAUGGGGUAAACGCCUCUCCCGGCCCGGCCAGAAGAUGACGCUGGGGCCGCGGCCGCUUGCCAUCAGGAGUAACAGAGAUCCCGAGUGACGUGGUAACAAUUUUCGGAAACUCUGGGUUGCCGGGGGGCUGCGGUCCAGAGCCCGGCCGCGCCCCGAGAAGGGACGAAGGACUGGCCGCUGGCCCCGGGCGCCCCGGCGGGGGGCCAGUCUCACCCGCUGGGCCGUUUGUGAAACACUUGCCAGGUCCCUGCUGCCAUGCUUUUUUUCUUCUCCUAAGCAGAGGAAAAUUGGGUGGUGGGGGGGCGGGUCAUGGGAAACCUCUUUGGAAACUGGUCUCCUUUUCAGUUAAGCGAUUGUUACUCGGCAGCGCUGGGCCCAGAGCUGGGGGGCUGAGCCUGCAGCUGACGGUUGUGGAAAAUGCACCCAGGGAAUUUAGGGGCCGGGAAGGGGGCUUUGUCUGUGAGGUGCACCCCGCGUGGCCAAGUGUCGCCCUGCUGUGUGGCACGUGUGCGGCCUCUAUACCGCAUGCACCAGCCAACAGCCAGGCCGUGGCCCCCCGCCCUUUCCUGGGACCCCACCCAUCCCACAAAGGGAUUCUCCGCAACUUGUCCCGCCCACCGGAAUGGCCGGCGGCGUUCCGUCUGGUGUUGAGCACGAAACGUCGACGUGGGCCGUGGUCGCACCUGGCCCUUCCGGGUUGUUGUGUCGUGUUGUGCUUUUUUCCACUUUAGCGCAUCGCUAUGGCCAUUUUGCAAACAGAAAUGCAGCCAGAGGAGGCCCUUCCUGGGGGGGCCAAAAGGUGUUAGGUGACCAGAAGGAGCCGCAGGGCCUCACCCGUGUGACUCCUCGCCGUUCCCUUCCCUCCCCUGCAGCGGUUCGUCUUUAGUCCCUUGGCCUCUGGUACGACCCGGGCAGUUGAAGGAGCCGGAGGUACAGGGAGGGCACAGGGCACACCCGUCCCCACACCCCCACCCCCCCGCCCCGCACCAGGACAGGCCUCACCCCAGGGCCUCGUGCCGACCCCCAUGCUCCUGCCCCCACUCAGCCCCCUGCUAGUGCCAAGGCCCAGAUCCCACCAGCGCUACGCUCAAGGGGGCGGGGGAUGUGUGCACGGGCCGGCGGGUGACUCCCCCCGGUGUGCGGGCUGUAGGCCCGGCCUCGCUCCCCGGCUCCCAGCUCUCUCCGGCCGGUCCGGGAGCACCAGGGGCUUGGGGGAGCCCAGGCUCUCCAAACCUGCGGUUGGAUGGGGAAGCCUUGGCCGCCUUUCAUUGGGCAGGGAGCCAGAGGGGGGCACUGUCCCCCACAGAGCAGCAAGAGGGAACAACACCCGUUCCCCACCGGGGAGGCUGGGACACAACAGGAUCUCCCCAGAGACUGGGGGUGGGGGCGGCUGGCAGGGUGAGGCCUGUCCAGGCCACUUCUGUGCAAGAAGCCUUAAUCCCUGGGGCCCAACCUUCCCCUGCGUCCCCACUGUCCUGGUCUAAUGCUCUGGCCGUGGGGCCCCACCCCAGCGGCCCCCCAGAGAGGCCAGCGGGAGGGGAGGCGAGGUGAAACCCAGGAGCCCGGCUGAGGGCCGAGCGGUUGAACCGAGUCCGGCAGCCACAGCGCCCCCCCCCCCCCCAGCCCUGAAGUGAACCUAGGUCAGAGCCCCCCGGGGCUGAGGGGUCUGAGUAAACUAGGCCCAGAGAGGGUGAGGAUGGGCCGUACCCCCCGCCCCCAUCCUGCCCCAGGAGCCCCAGCCUCGGCCCAGGGAGGUGGCCGUCACAGGAGCCCCACCACGGGUGUCUUUCUGAGUGAGAAAAACCCUUCCUUUUGCCUUCUCAAGUAAAUCUCCGUGUCUGUAGCGUCGACCUGGAGGGCAUGUGCUUCCCAGGCCAGUGCCCUGCAUGAACACGUGUGCAGGGCUCUGCGGGAGCUGGCGGGUGGCAGCCCGCAUUCCAGCCACAUCAAGAGGGGGCAUUAAGGGCACGCCCCCCCCCAAAAUAAACAGGGGCGGGAGACACAGGGUUUCCCUUUCUUUCGCCUGCCUGGGUGUCCCCCGGGGCUGGCAGCUGGGGCGCCUUCCCUCCCCUCCCCUCCCCCACUCCAGGAAGGAGCUAGAAGGCACACCCCUCCCCACAGCGGUCCCCCAGGCCAAGAAUUAAGUGAUUGGGUGGUGGUGACCUCUGGCCCCCAGGGAUGUGCGGUCCUUCUUCCUGUGACCCUGGCUGACCCCCUCCAUGUCCGGGCGCUGGACCUCCAGGCAGCUCAUCCGUGUCUGUGGGGCCCCAGCCCCACCGAGCUCUGGGGGCAGGAAAAGGCCACCCGCCCACCCCGAGGGCGAGUGACCAGGAGCAACUUCCAGGCCCAGGGGAGGCCACCGAGGGUUGCUCGUCCUUCAAGAACACUUACAAAAAGCCAGCCUGCCACGGAGUCUCUGGAAAAGAAGCCGUAACCAUUGCCAAACAUUGCACAGACCGGUUCCGGUCCGCAGAAGCCAUCUGUGGUUCUAGCAGGUUCUACCCCGUCUCCGUUUGGAUGUUCAGUGGCUUUUAUUUCUGAUUUUAAAAAAGUUUCCAGGUGUCUACACCCA